AGUAUCCCAGCAGAAUUUAAUAGGAAAGCUCGUUCCCUUCUAGAAUUCGUUCAUUGGAAGGCCACCGAAUUCAGAACUUUUCUUUUGUAUACAGGCCCCAUUGCUCUAGAAAAUAUUGUAAAUCAAGAAAUUUAUGAAAAUUUUUUAUUGCUGCAUAAUGCUACAUCAAUUCUCGUGAGUAAAACUCUUGUUAAAGUGCCAGAGAAUAUAAAUAAAUCUCAGGAAAUGUUGAAAAAGUUUGUUCUAGGCUUUCAACGCAUUUACGGUAAACAGUUUGUUUCGCACAAUGUGCAUAAUUUAUUGCACAUCUGUGAAGAUGUAGAAGAAUAUGGAGCUCUUGAUGAAUUCAGUGCUUUCAAAUUUGAAAACGAGAUGUCCUCCAAAAAGAGAAUGAUUAGGAAAGGUCACAAGCCUCUGGAACAAAUUGCUCGUCGAUAUUCCGAACGCCAAAGUAUUAAGAAGUUAAAAAAUGAAACCCCAUACUCUUUCUUUAAAACACACAACAGCGGUCCAAUAACUAAGAAUUGCACAAACAUCAAAAAGCAAUAUAAAGCAUUAAAGCACGAGGACUUUACAAUUGACUGUAGCACGCCUAAGGACAGUUGCAUUCUUUUGCGAGAUGGUACUUUCGGAAAAGUAACAAACAUUGUAAUAUCCAAUACGAAUGAUAUCCUUUUAAUUGUCAAACCAUUCACAAAAACCAGCAGCGUCUACGAUACUCCAGAUUCAAGGGACAUCAAUAUACAUAUGGCAACAGAUUCACGAAGAUCAGAGUUCUCAACCCCUAUCACCAAUUUUCAUUCAAAAGUAUGGCGAAUACCAACGAAUGAGGACCUAAUUUUGCUUCCCUUAAGGCAUACACCGUUAUUAAAGUAAACAAAAAACGUUCAAACGUUUAGCAGGUUUCGGAACUACAAAUUCCAUCUGUGGACUCUUCAAGGAAGACAAGACUUGACAAUAAAUAAGUUGUACAAACAUUGUAAAUUUUAUU